GAAUGACGUCAGGCCCCUGCGGGUCCAGGAUCUCCCGAGCGCCAUGCUAGGCGUGGGCAGCGCGGGACUCGCGCGGGCCCUGCGGGCUGGGAAGCAGGCAUGGCUGUGGGGCGCGCGCGGCCGCUCCCUGGCCCUGGUGCACGCGUCCCGCGGGCCCCACGCGGCGGACUGGCAGCCGUCGGCCGGGCGGGGGCCGCGCAGGCGUCCGCUGAGCCUGUCUGCAGCCGCGGUUGUGAACUCGGCGCCCCGCCCUCUGCAGCCCUACCUGCGCCUCAUGCGGUUGGACAAGCCCAUAGGAACCUGGCUGCUGUAUCUGCCGUGUACUUGGAGCAUCGGUCUGGCGGCGGACCCAGGCUGCCUCCCGGAUUGGUACAUGUUAUCCCUGUUUGGCACAGGAGCUGUUCUGAUGCGUGGAGCCGGCUGCACCAUUAACGACAUGUGGGACCAGGACUUUGAUAAAAAGGUUACAAGAACAGCAAGUCGCCCAAUAGCUGCUGGAGACAUUUCAACUUUUCAGUCCUUUGUUUUUCUUGGAGGACAGCUGACCUUGGCCCUGGGCAUUCUUCUCUGUCUGAAUUACUACAGUAUAGCUCUUGGAGCAGCCUCCCUACUGCUUGUCAUCACCUACCCGCUAAUGAAACGAAUUACAUACUGGCCUCAGUUAGCCUUGGGGUUGACCUUUAAUUGGGGAGCAUUGCUUGGAUGGUCUGCUAUCAAGGGCUCCUGUGAUCCAUCUGUUUGCCUUCCUCUUUAUUUUUCUGGAAUUAUGUGGACUCUGAUAUACGAUACUAUCUAUGCCCAUCAGUUCUUCCUAUGGCAUCACCGACUCAAUGGACAUGAGUUUGAGCAAGCUCCGGGAGAUGGUGAAGGACAAGGAAGCCUGGUGUGCUGCAGUCCGUGGGGUCACAAAGAGUUGGACACAACUGAGCGACUGAACAACAACAGCAAGAUGUUAUUUCCGGGCUUAACUGGUGGCCUGCUGUGUAUGCUCUACUGCCCAGUGGAGCCACCGGCCACAUGAGAUGAUCACGUACUUGACACGUGGCUUGUCUUAAUUGAGAUGUCCUGUAAGUGUUAAACACACACCAGAUUCCAAAGACGUAGUAUACAAGGUGCAAAAUAUCUCAUUAGUAAUUUCCUGAUUUCAAGCUGAAAUCACAUUUUUGUAUAUUGAGUCAAAUAUGUUAUUGCAAUUCAUUUUACCUGUUUUUUAAAUGUGGCUACUAGAAAAACAUUGGAUUGCACUAGUCACUAACGUAUUUCUGAUAUAUAGUAACACACUAUAUGGGAUCAUCCAUAUGCAACAUAUUUGAUCUAUAAAAAUUACAUAAACUCAGAGCUGUAGUUUCCUUAUCUGCUAAACGCAGCGGGGGAAAUUUAACUUCACUUGGUUGAUGUGAGGCAAAACUGAUAAAUUUCCUGGCACAUGAUAAAAACUCAAAGAAUGUUAGUCCCUUUCUCCCCCAUUCCCUUGUUUGAAAGGUAAGCAGCUAUGGAAAAAGAAAAACACUGAAGCAAAUCACUAUGUCAGCACUUUCUAAGUUCAGUGCUGCCAACAGUAUUGUCUUUCUAAUUGGGUGCUUUUUCUUGAAUUAGUUGAGAGAGAUGAUGAUAAAUAGAAGAUUGAUAAUGGUUGGAUGGAUAAACCGGCCAGUAGAAGCAUAGAUAUUCAGUUAGUCCACCUCAUCUAUUGACAUUUUAAUCAGAAAAUGGGAAAAAAACCUCCUAGCUUUCCUUCCCUUCUCGACCUUGAGCUAGAAUCGUAAAAGCAGUGCCCAGUGCCUAGAACAGUAGGAGCACCCACUAAUUGCUUGUUGGAUGAAUAACUGGAACUCUUGAAAUAGGCAGGGGAUGUAGAAGGGCUUCCCAGGUGGCGCUAGUUGUAAAGAAUCCGCCUGCCCAUGCAGGAGACAUAAGAAACGCAGAUUCCAUCCCUGGGUCAGGAAGAUCCCCUGGAGGAGGGCAGGACAAUUCACUCCAGUAUUCUUUGGAGAAUCUCAUGGACAGAGGAGCCUGGCAGGCUACAGUCCAUAGAAUCGCAAAGAGUCAGGCACAGCUGAAGCAACUUAGCAGCAGCAGUGUCCACAGAGACCACCUAGUCCAGUGAAUUUCUCAGACUUCUGUUAAAUAGGCAACAGAAAUGCAUUCUGCAAAUAGAAGCCUACAUAAAGUCCCAAUAUAUAAAUUACAGAUUAAAGCAGACUUGACCCUUUGACCUGUGAAGGCACCUGAGUCCUUCCUCUGAGCCUGCCUUUUUCAUUCAGGGGCAUCCCUGCUGGACUGCCGGGGAGAUUUGGGAUUCUCACACCAUCCAGUCAGAAAACUGUUUCUCCUCUAAUUCUGCAUGAAAGGAAACCAGGCCUAAAGAAAUAAUUUACCUACAGUAAUUUAUCCAUAGGGCUUCCCUGGUGGUGCAGCGUUAAAAAAUCCACCUGCCAAUGCAGGAGAUGUGGGUUGGAUCCCUGGGUCAGGAAGAUCGCCUAGAGAAGGCAGUUGGCAACCCACUCCAGUAUUCUUGCCUGGAGAAUCCCAUGGACAGAGGAGCCUGGUGGGCUACAGUCCACGGGGUUCCAAAAGAGCUGGACACGACUUAGCAACUAAGCAACAACAACAGAACAAUUUAUUGCCAGAUGAAAAUUGAGAUAAGAAUGAACAUUUAAAUCCACAUGUUUAAUAACUAUCUAAGAGCCAACUAAAUCUUUCCAGCUUCAGAUUCUUUAUAUCUAAAAUGAGUAAAAUACUACCUACCUCGUGGUGGUGGUGUAAGGAUUGCACAAGAAAACAAUCUCAUCUGGUCUCGUGACUUUAAAUGUCAUCUGUAUACUGAUUAUUCCUAAAUGUGUACCUGCAGCCUAAACUUUCCCUUUGAACUUGAACAGAAUUGACUGUUAAACUGCCUACCUGACGCUACCCCUUGAAUUCCAAAUAGGUACCGCCAACUCAACAUGUUCAAAACUGAGCUGUCUUCCCUCUCAAACCUUCUCCCACCCUCUAUACCGCCUCAGUAAUGGCAUCCACUCUUCUAGUUGUUCUGGCCAAACCCUGGGAUUGCCCAUGGUUCCUCUCCUGUCACAUUGCACAUCCAAGACAUCACAAGAGCCUCUGGGCUCCACCUCCAAAAUGGGUGCAGAAGCCCACCUUUCCUUACCUCCACUUCAACCACCCUGGUCCACGUCACCAUCUUUUUCUGAACUACAUACUUAUAUGCUACAAGUAUUAUGUGAUAUAUCCUGAAUAUACUGGUGCUUCCUAACUGGCCUCCCUCCUUUCCGCUUGCCCCCUCUCGUUCUGUCCUCACCAGGUGAUCCUAUGAAAACACAAGCCAGCCCUUGUCAUGCCUCUCCAACUUUCCAGGGGCACCCGAGUUAUCUCAAUGUAAAGCCAAUGGCCUAAGCGUGGCCCUCCGGUGCUGUGUGAUAAGGCUGCCUGUUUCCUCCUGACUCUCCUUCCAGUCUUCCCCUGCUCCCCUGCUCCAGCUCCGCAGGCCUCCUUGCAGUUCCUGGAAUUCUUCCCCCGGGGUUCCAUCAGUGCUGCUCCCUCACCUCCUUCAGGCUUUGCCCCAAUAUCACCGUCUCAGUGAAACCUACAUGUUUGUCUUCCCUUUCUCAAAGUAUACACUCGAAAUAGACACAUUUCCUUUUCUCUUUUCUUGCUUUAUUUUUCUCCAUAGUAAAACACAAUGUAAUUUGAUUUGCUGCUGUUGCUAUUGUUGUUAAGUCAUGGCUGACUGUUUUGCAACCCCAUGGACUGUAGCCCACAAGGUUCCAUCGUCCAUGGGAUUUCCCAGGCGAGAAUACUGGAGUGGGUUGCCGUUUCC